AUGGAGGGAAGCAGAGUGUCAGACUUCAGCAUCCAGCGCAUCCUCUCCCCGCAGUUUGGACACAAGCCGUCUAUGAUGGACUUCUCCCCGGAUGGGUAUCUCUACGGACUCCCCGGUGGGUUCAGUCUGGACUACAGGAACCUUCGACCUCCAGUGCCGGUGUCGGUACCGGUUCCCGAUUGCCUCCACUACCGAGGGAUGAGCUGUGGAGAUCCUUUUUACUCCUACGGAGCCGGUUUCCAUCACACUGACUUCACCAGCAUUUAUCCAGACUCUGGAGUUUACAUGCGUCUCAGCCAAGACUCUGCAGAUGCCCACCUCGGUUACCAUCAGCCCGGGUUGACCGGCCAGUCUCAGCCGCGUCAGAAGGCCCGGAUGAGGACGGUGUUCACUGACUGUCAGACUAAACAGCUGGAGGCGCUGUUUGAGCUCACCGACUAUCCAGCUGUGGAGGCGCGCGCUGAAGUAGCGAGGAGCACCGGGCUGAACGAGGAGACUGUCAGGGUGUGGUUUAAGAAUCGCAGAGCCAGGAGGAAGCGGCAGCGAAGUGGCUCAAAGGUGAAAUCCCCUUCUCCUUGUGCUGUAGCAGACAAGAAGUUCUUCACCGCCUUCCUCUGA